AUGCGGAAACCCCUUCACGACCGCAACGCUCGACCGGUCCGAAACGAAACGAAGUUCGCGUUCUCGUCGGUUCGCAUCGAGCGAGGCAGUUGCCGCGCCUGUGGAUUAGUGGAUGUGGAUCGCAGCAUCGCGAUCUCGUGGUCCAUCUUCCCACCGAUCCCGGUACCUGGAUACAGUGUGAGCUACUACUGUGCGCCCAAGAAGAAGGUGCCCUGGGAGAAGUCCGAGGAGGUGGAUGCCGUUUUGGAAGAUUGUGGCUUCAGUGAGGAAAUCAGUGAGAGCGAUAAGGAAAAAUGCCAACAACAAGCAAAGGCUCCCGCCCUGCGGGCGACCUACCUGGGCAUCCCUGCUGCGUACAUGCGUCAGAUGGCCAUGUGUGGCCGAUGCACCGUUUGUUCUGCCUUCAGCAAGGUCCAAGCGCUGUGGGCCAAGAUCAAAGCAGCUGUACGGAAGGUCAUUGGGUGGUUGAAGGAUGUGAAGCGCAGCGUCUUUGGCUACGAGUAUGCGCCCGACUUUGUUCGACAGCAGAUGCAAGAACGCUUCGACAGCUUCUUCCCUCCGGAUCAUGUCGGAAGUUCCUUGGCGGAAAUCUGCGAGUCGCAAGCGGAGGAAGGAUGGGAGACCGAAGCAGAGGGCUAUCAUGAGAAGUUGGUGGAAAAGGCACUGCGAGAUCACUUCUCCGACAAGUCACCUGAAGAGGUGGAGCAACACCUGUCCCUGCUGGAGCGUCAUGUGGAAGAUGUAGAGCAACAUGAAGAGGACUUGCUGCAAAAAGCAAAGAAAGACUUCAUUUCACAAACUCAGAGGAUGCAGCAGAUGGCUGAGCUCCGGCUACCGGACAUGCUUCAGAACAAGGAUUGUAGGGAUGCUCUUCAAACCGCAGGCAGUACACUCCUGAUUUCCUUGUCGGUCUCCUUCCCAAACAUCGCAGCUGCCAUCUUGAACGCCGCGCUGCUGAACUUGGCUGGAGCUCUUUAUGCCUUGAUUCCCUCCGUCAGCCUUUCGGCUUUGCCCAAGGGAUUUCAACACUUGGGGUCCAUGGAGCUUUGUAUGCAGGCCAUGGACAAGCAGCGGCAACCGUAUUUGGAUGGUUGUACACAUGAGCAGCCCUUCAUGGCUUGCACUGCCCGAACCUAUCAGCGACUCAUGGAGAAGGCCUUGAGUGAGAAAUGGUGGCCCUUGAUGCACAAUGCAGAAGGAACCUUUGGUUCGAUCGACUUCGGGUACAACUAUGAUGAGCUCAUGAACUCCCUUCGCUGCACUUCCAAAGGAAGCUGUUUGGAAAAGGCCUUUGAUAAGCUGGGCGAGGAUGACUUGAAAGGCAUUUUGGAGAACAGCAGUGCCAGCGAAGCUGAACGGUUCAAUGAGCUUCAAUGUGCCAUGAUUGCCAACCGAGUAGAUGCGGAGGACACGGGCAAGGACCAGUUGCCAGUCUUCUCAGACAAGAUUUGGGCGGCUGCACUGAAGUCCCAUGGGAAAACGAUCAAUUUUGAUCCCAUGUACACCAGACCGUGCGUCGAUGUCUUGCCCUAUGUGGUGGCCUAUUGCGCGGCAGAUCUCAAGUGUUUGGACCCAGAGUCCGUGGGCGGCAAGGGCUUCUUUGACCUGGACGAUGUGAACGUGGCACAGUUACAAGCGGAAGAGAAGGUGAAACCCCUGAUGCAAAGACCCAAGGAGAUGCUUGGGAAGAUCGAAGAGAUGUGGCAGGAGCUGGUUGAAGGAGAGUUUGAUGACAUGAAACCGCAAGAGGAUGCACUUCAGUGGAGCAUGCUUUGGCGCAUGGCCAAUGUGAGUCAUCAGGCUGGUCUCAUUUCCACGUGGCCGGAGAUUCUGGAUGCCUUGCGUGGCAAACGAGAGAUCAACUGGACCAGCACCCGGCUGCACUGGGAGAAGGCGCUCUUCGUGUCAUUGCUGAGGCUUCAGAUCCGAGAUUGGCGUUCAGAGGGUCCAGAGCAUUUCCAUGACCGGCAUCCCUUGUCGCAGGUCGUUCUCGGUUUGCAGGACAUUUAUGAGACGAAAUUCUGCUCGCCUGGAGCUUUGGGUGGCUUGAAGGAUGAACAUUUGAAGCGGCUGGGUGUGACCGAUAUCACGUCACUGGCGAUUCAUCAGAUGGACAAGGAUUCCACUGUGGAAGCUAUGUGGAAAAAUUGGAUGGUCUUACAAGUGAAAGUGAAUUGGAGGACCACACAGAGCUCACGGAUCAAGAGAUUCAAAGAUGCACUGACAGCCGGCGCUUGCAGCUGUAUGUGUUAUGAAGCCUGCGGAACGUUGCACCCUUCAGCUGUUGCACAGUGUCAGGCCCUGGGAAAGAGCGAGAAGUCCAGCAGAAAGGUUCCUCCGAAGAUUAAAGUCAGUCAGGUUGUCAUGGAUUUGGUCACCCGACCCGACAUGAAGCGCUUUGAGAAUGUGGAGUUGCAGGUGCUCAAGAAGUCCACACCAGGUGGCUGUGAGCAUCGACUGUCGAUGUGGGGGCGCUAUUUGUGGCCUCCGUUGGAAGGCUUCAUCGCCCGAUGUGAUGUCCCGGAGUAUUUCCAACAGAGCGAAGAGCUGGACUUCAAGAUCACCCUCUGGUCAGAUCCCCACCGAGCGGAGGAGGUCUACGGUUGGCCCGACUUUGUGUCGACACAUCGGCCGGUGACCGAAUGGCUGGGCGAUGACUUUGAGCAGUGGUCCGGAGCUCUGACCGCUGCGAGACUCUCUCGCUUCGCUCUGACCACUGUGCCGCCGAAAAAGGAGGAGCGAUCCGAAACCGGAGAAGAUGAGAAGCGGACCUCCGAGCCGGCGCCGCGGUCCUCUGAGGCCUGGGACUUUCGGUGGCCAGCGAAGCGGCCACGAGGAGUGCUUGCUGAGCGAGAGAGUUUGGAUUCCGCCUCAUCCGGAGAAGAGCUCUUUGAGGGCUUCCGACGAAGUGAGGUGGUCCGAUUGUUGAAGCAGGCCUUGUCUGACCUCGGCUUCAAGGCUGCUCGUGAGGCCUUGGAACUGGAGUCAGGACCGUCGCAAGAAGAGGCCGUGGCUGGAUUGAGGCAAGAGAUUCUUGCCGGUCACUGGGAUGAGGCGCUUCACAUGGCGCGCUACGUGGAUCCGGAUGCAGGGGUACCUCUACGACGGCUGCUCUUGGAGCAAAAAUGCUUGGAGCUGCACGAGAAGGGUCACUUGGAGGCAGCCCUAGAAGUUUUCCAAGAGAUUGCAGAUUCAGACAGCGCCAUGGAAGGUCUCCAGGUGAUGAUCCAGGCCAAAGCAGAUGCCCGAGACCGACACGCGCUGCUGGAGAAAGUGGAAGCAUUACUGCCGGAGCUCCCACCGCGGCGUCUUCCUGAGCUCCUCUGGCAAGCUGUCAGGUAUCAGCACCUCCAUUGCCUCUAUGCAGAUUUGGACCCUACUCUCAUGUCAACGGUCCCUGGCCUGAUCAAGAAUUACUCCUAUUCGCCGCCACCGCUGCCCACACACUGCGUGGGGAGGCUGGAUCACCAUCGCGAUGAGGUCAUGUUCGUCUCCCGCAAGAUGUCCAGCCCAUUGGGCGUCCUCUCCAGACAGCUGGGCCUGGCGGCAGUACCAGUGCCGCCCUCCUCCUGGGGCUCGAAGUAUCGCGUGGCCAUUGUGGGUGGUGGUUCAGCUGGGGUGUCUGUCGCCUCGCAGCUCUGUCGAAAAUUUCCCGGUUUACACGACCAGAUCGCGGUGAUCGAACCCAGGGAUCAGCAUCUUUACAUGCCCUACUGGACCAUGGUGGGUGGUCUCGGACUGGAUGUCCAAAACUCUGCUCAUCCAAUGGAGAAAGUGAUGCCCACUCACGUCCAAUGGAUCAAGGAAAAGUGCUUAUCCUUUCAGCCGGAGCAGAACAAGCUGACUUUGGCUGGUGGUCACGAGAUUGAAUACGACUUUCUGGUCGUCGCCGCUGGACUGCAGCAGAACUUCCACCUGGUGCCAGGACUCAAGGAGACGAUGGGCAAGAACAGUGUCGCAUCCAUCUAUUCCUUCGAUUAUUCUCCGGCGGUGUGGCAAAACAUUUUGGGCCUCAACAAAGGAAAGGCCAUCUUCACCAAUCCUGCUACCGCGGUGAAUUGUGGUGGGGCACCUCAAAAGAUCGCCUAUCUGGCCGAAGCCAAGUGGAGAAAACGAGGAGUUCGCCAGAAUAUUGACAUCGAAUUCAUCACAGCGACUCCAGGCAUCUUCGCGUGUCCAGAGUACAAGAUCGCCUUGGAAAAGCAAAUGGCACAGAAAGGCAUCACGCCGUCAGUGAAGACGAACCUGGUGGAAGUGGAUGGUGAUAGAAAGAUCGCGGUCUUUGAACAAGAAGGUGGCGAAGUGAUCACCAAAGAGUUCGACUUUUUGCACGUGACGCCGCCCAUGAGCGCCCCAGACUUCGUGAAGAACGGUAUGGACCUUGGUCCAGAUCCUCCUCCAAUGGGCCUAACUGCUGAGGAGCAAACGGCCUAUCCAUCCAUUGCAGCAAAGGCAAAUUCUUCCUUCUUGACAGUGAUCUUGCUGAUUGGGACACUGUCCCCGGUGAUCUUGAACAAUCUUUGGCUCAUGACGGCAAAUGUUGUGAAUGAAGGAGAUGGGCACCAGCACUUCUGGUGGUACACUCUAGUCUUCGACAACUACUUCAUGAUUGUGAAGGGCCUCAUGUUCUCGGCCUUCUUCUACGCCUUUUUGCCAGAGCCAGCGAAAGGUCACCGCAAGUGGUUGUAUUGGCUUCUUGCCAUAAUGUGGCCACUCUUCUCCUUUCUCAUCCACAUGCUGUGGUUGGCGGUGAACACGGUGGGCUCAGAUGAUGCAUGGGGCUUGAUGAAACUCAACUUUCCCGUGGGUGCUUCUGCGGCCGUAUUUGCGUGGAUGCCUUUGUGCCUGUACGGGCAAUACAGUCGAGAGGAGCGCUUUUUCGCCACCAAGAGAUUUGUGGUGAUCAUCGUCAUUUUGGUGGCAGACCUCAUUUUCAUCAGUUCCUCACACUUGGUCUUGCUUCUCUUCAAGGCUUUCGGAGAUGGAGAGUUUGGGGCACCAGACCCACUGGUGAGAGCCAUCGUGGAGUUGGCAUUCCUGUUGGGAUUCAUGCAAGUCUACCUGCCCUUGCUCGGGAAAGUGUGGCAGAUUGGAUUGUUGCUCUUCGACACAUUGGCUCCGAUGAAGGACUUGCAAAGGCAGCGCAUGCUCUACUUUGCCACAGUGAUUUUAGACAUGCACCGCUACAUGUACGUUCGGGAGAUGAUGUAUGCGACCGACUCCGUGACGGUGGUCAUUUGCAUGGUCUUCAAGGAUUUCGUGUAUGAUGUCUAUAACUUUGGCAUGUGCUCAUCUCCAGCUCUGCAGUCGGCGUGGCUCAUGGGCGUUCCGACCUGGAAGCUUUUCCUGGGAGCGAGUGAGGUUCGGGUGGCUUCUUCUCGAAUCUACGAGACCUGCAUCUUCGUGGUGAAGCUCUUGUCGGAUUUCUUGGAGCUCCCUCGGUGCCUCACGCGUGUUUUCACGUGGACCAUCGACUGUGGCUACCCCAAGCACACUUCUUCAAAGAGCUUCUGCUUCGCGGAGACUGAGGUGAAGUUGGUGAACGUUCCCAGUGACUUUGGGGCGGAGUUCAAAGAGUGGGCCUACAAAACGGCAAAAGAUCGACAACAGAAUCGCUUCAUCCUUCAGAGUGAGGAUGCGCAUUCGUCCUUUGAUACCGUCAUCGCACGGGAUGCCGUGGAGAAGAGCAACGGGGAGUGGCGCAAGGUUUGGGAAGGCUUCCGCGACCCUGGCCUCUUCAGUUUCUACCAGUUCAUGACUGUGCAGCUCAGUGGUAUCAUAUUUUGCCGCUAUCGUGCGCGGAUUAUCAUCAAGAUCGCGAGCAGUAUCAUGCUCCUUACCACUGGCACAUUGAUCAGACUGACGCCCUCCAAGGAUGUCUUGAACCGAGUCCAUGACCACUCACAGCCAAGGGAACUCAUGCAGUGGAUCGUGCCAGCUGCCAUGCUUUUCUUAGAUGUGUUGGAGCUGGCCCUGGUUGCAUGCUUACAAGAUAGCGAUGCUGCGACGAUGGGCUACAAGAGGAAGCGGUUUACCCGGCUCUUCAACGAGCCUUUCUUCCUUUGGAUGGUGAUGAGCUGUCACGUUUGCUGCAACAGCGAUCUGUACAUCACAUUUGCCAACCUGCAGUUCAGUGCCUAG